AUGGCCACCACCGACCACCGCAAGUCAGUCCUCAUCACCGGCUGCAGUCCUGGCGGCAUCGGCCACGCUCUUGCUCUGGCCUUCCACGCUCGAGGACUCCGAGUCUUCGCCACGGCUCGAACCACAGGCCAAAUCGUCGACCUGUCGGAGAAAAGCAUUGAGACUUUACCGUUGGUGGUCGACGACGACUCCUCCAUACUCUCCUGCUUCAAAAGUGUCGCAGAAUUGACCGAUGGCCGUGGUCUUGACUACCUCGUCAACAAUGCCGGGAUCUCGUACGUGAUGCCCGCUCUGGACGUCAAGAUCGACGAGGCCAAAAGAAUCUUCGACGUCAAUGUCUUCGCCAUCAUGCGCAUGUGCCAGGUCUUCUCGCCCCUGCUCAUUAAAGCCCACGGGACGAUCGUCAUGGUCGGCAGCUUGGCCGGGGUCAUCCCCUACGUCUUUGGCGGUGUGUACAACGCCUCGAAAGCCGCACUGCACGCCUACGCCAACACGUUGCGCGUCGAGCUCGCCCCGUUCGACGUCAAGGUCAUCACCGUCGUCACGGGCGGUGUCAAGUCUCGCAUCAACUCUCAUGUCAAGCGUGUCCUGCCUGAGGACAGCCUGUACGCCCCUCUCGAGGACAACUACAUCAGACGCCAAGGCCAUUCGCAGGAGGGCGCCAUGCCCGCUGCAGCAUAUGCCAAGAGUGUCGUCAAGCAGGUCCUCCCUGGCGCCGGGCCGUGGCCCUGGAGUUGGCUGUUGGGGGACGCCAGGAGGAACUGGAUCUGGGAGGGCAACAAAAGCUGGCUGGUGUACUUUGUCUCCGGCGGCUACACCUGGACUACCAUCUUUGAUCGGUACAUGACCUGGCUGUUCCAGCUGCACAAGCUGAAACGGAAGGAGGUUUGA